AUGGAGCUUGAGGGGGAAGCUGGCGGGGGGCAGCAGAAUGAUGAACAUGGACAGAGGUCCUGCACAUCCACUGUGCGGAGUACAGAAGAGGAGGAUGCUGGUAAAGUCAGAGCAGGAGCUGCGAGAGCCCGAUGGAGACUGCUGGGAAAGGCACUAAGAAAGCGACACCUAGACGAAGAGAACCUACAGAAAGUAUCUGUUAGAAGGUUUAAUUCUUUUCAGCUUUUCUCAGUAACUCAAUUAACAUCAGAGAAGACAGAAAAUGACCAGUGCACUUGGCUCCAAUACAGAAGUGUGUUUUACCACGAAUACAGCGUGUGUUUAAGGCACAGCACAGGAGCUCUAAAUGUUUCUGACAUCCUGACAAGUUUUGACAAUACCGGAAAUGUGUGCAUCUGGCCCUCGGAAGAAGUACUGGCUUACUACUGUCUCAAACACAAAGACAUGUUCUGGGAUCUUGCUGUGUGUGAGCUAGGGGGUGGUAUGACAUGCAUGGCUGGUCUCAUGGUCGCAGUCUCUGCAGAAGCCAAAGAGGUCCUGUUGACGGACGGCAACGAGAAGGCUAUUAAAAAUGUGUCCCACAUCAUCUCAAGAAGACAAAAUGCUGAGGCUUUUAAAAGCCAUUCGGUGUCUACUAGCAUUUUACGGUGGGAUAAUGAGACAGAUGUCUCUCAACUGGAAGGACAUUUUGACAUUGUUAUGUGUGCUGACUGCCUGUUUCUGGACCAGUACAGAGCCUGCCUUGUUGAUGCAAUAAAGAGAUUACUGCAGCCCAGUGGAAAAGCAAUGGUAUUUGCUCCUCAGAGAGGGAACACUUUAAACCAGUUCUGCAAUCUAGCAGAGGCGGCUGGCUUUUCUAUCCAAAGACAUGAAAAUUACGAUGAGCAUAUUUCCAACUUCCACUCCAAGAUGAUGGAAGAAGAUCGCGACAAUUAUGAUGCAAACAUCCAUUAUCCACACCUUCUUGUUCUUACUAAGUCAAGAUAACAUCAACCUAAUGUCUUAUCACAAUGUGUCACCUACCAAUGCCUUGAUCCCCAUGUAUUAAUUAAUUUGAUAUCUACCUUUGUUUAAACAUACUUUAAUAUGUUCAUAUGUUUUGUAUUUCAUUCUGCACUCGUGUGUUUCUGUUCUUUGUAAAAAAAAAAAAAAUUA